AUCGGCUGGAGCCACGUGACGUGGCGGUGACAGAAACACACGCUGACUUGGAGCCACAUGGAGCCCCUCGCCGAGCCUGUGGCGUACGGGCUAAACCCCGCACCUGCUGCGGCUCCUUAUGGGACCCUGGUCGCGGUGCAGGAUGUCAUGAAGGAGCUUCCGAGGGAAAUCGUGGAACAUCACACGAUUGUGAAGCAAAAACCGGAGUACAAGACCAUCGAGAAGCAUGUGGAGGUGCCGGAAUAUCAAUGUUCCGAGCAGGUGCAAGAGGUGAUUGCCCGCAUCACUCAUGAGAAGGUCAUCGAGGUGCCACAAACGCAGGUGAUCGAGACCCUACGCCAGGUGCCAUCGGUGCAGUACGAGGAGGUGGUGAAGGAGGUGCACUUGCCAGUGAUGGAGGGCCGUGAGACUGUCCAAGAGGUUCCCACCACGCUACAUCGCGAAAUUGCCAUGGAGGUGCCUCACCUCCAGGUCAUGGAGUGCGUGAAGCAGGUCGCGCGCAUCACCGAACAAAAGGUGAACAAGCCCUUUGCGAAGCCCAUCAUCCAGUAUCAGGAACGGACGGUGGAGGUGCCGCAUAGCCUGGUGGUGGAGGAGAUUACCGAGGUACCUGUGGUGGCGCGUUGCGAGAUGGUCAAGCAAGUGGCCAAGGUGGAAGUGCAACAGGUCGAACGGCAAGUGGAGAAGCCGACGGUGCAGUUGAUGGAACGGGUUGAAGAGGUUCCACAGGUUGAAGUGCGAGAGAAUAUCAUUGAGGUACCUCGUGUGGAAGUUCGAGAGGUGGUGAGACAGGUGCCGAAAGUGCAGGUACAAUAUGUGGAGAAGAAGGUCGCAAAGCCGGUCUUUGAAUAUGUGGAACGCGUCGUGGAAGUUCCACAGGUGCUCUACCAGGAAAAGAUUGUGGAGGUCCCCCAAGUGGAGAUUCGGGAAGUCGUUCGAAAGGUGCCAAAGACCACGGUUCAAUAUGUGGACAGACACGUGCGCCGGCCCGAGCUGCGUUACUUCGAGCGCCUGGAGGAGGUGCCGAUCCACUUGCAGCACGAAACGCCCGUCGAGGUGCCGCAGGUGAUGCCUGUGGAACGAAUCAGAGAAGUACCCAAAGUCCAGUGGCAGAGUACGCCGAGGGAAUUUCCCAAGGUUCAACUUGAAGCGCAGACCAAGGCGGUGGAGGUUCCAGUCCACUUGGUGCACGAGCAGCCGGUGGAGGUCGAACAAGUGCAUACGGUGGACGUCAUCACUCAGGUCUUGAAGCCGAAGUUCGAGCCGCGCGAUAAAGUGGUGCCAAAGAUCUCGACGCAGGUGCAAGAACGAGUGGUGCACGUACCACAGGUCUUGGUCGAAGAGCAGGCCAUUGAGCUACCACAGGCCAACAUCGUGGAGGUCAUCCGAGAAGACCUGGCACCCGUAUAUCAGGAGGUGGUGAAGCAGGUGCCCAAGGUUCGCUUGGACUACAUCGAGCGCGUGGUCGAGGUUGAAACAGCUGCAGUCAAUGAAACCUCUCCCACGGCGGUGCAGAGCCAGGCCUUCGCUGGUGCUCGCUACGCACCGUCGGAGCCCACCGCAAUGACUUUCCCUGGCCAUCGAUCCUCUCCGGUGCCCUCGGGUGUGGUGACCACUCAGUUCAUUCCGCAAAGCUGUACGGUACCUCCAUCGGCUCUAGGGGCGGCUUCCAUUGUAAGUUCCCGCUCACCUUCUCCAAGCCGGAUGGUAGGCAUACCAACAGUGACCUCCGGCCUUUGGGCAGCAUUGCCGUCGCGUGAAUUCGCUGUGGGUCCAAACCUGGAGCCCAAACAUCCUUUCUAUAGGUUGACCUGGUAGGCCAUUCUUUUCAUUUUCGGUCAACCGAGAUACCCGGGCUUUGACCCACAGCCAUAUGCGCCAUCGGAUCGAUUCGGCGACAGGAAGUCGCAAGGUGAAGGGGCUUCCUUUUCGGCCAUAUCGCGGGCGGCCUGGCCGCUG